UUACACAGCAAUUGUCAUUUGUUAAUACGGUUUAGUACAAAGGAUAUCGAUAUCAUGUUUUCAAAAUUCUGUUUAAUAAUUGUUUUAAACGUCGGAUUAAUAUCAUGUGCAUUGAGAAUUAUUGACAACACAGGAAGAGAGUUGCAACAAGAAAAUAAAGAAAUUGUUCUUAAACUCAGUAAUGACUUACUUAACAUCGCUUGCAAAUCUGACACGAAACAAGAACCACUCUGGUGGUCAAUUUCAAGGCAUGGACUUUAUUACGAUUGUAAGGAAGACAACAAUACAGAUUUCAUAUCAUACAGAGUUCAUUUGCGAGACAUGGACAACAAUACAGAAUUGUUCUGCAACUUAGGAGAUAGAAAUAAACCAAAAGAUCAAGUCAGAGUGACCAUCAUAUUGGGUAACAGGAGUGGCAAUGCUGAACCAUACUGUCCCUCAAUGUCAAACAUGUUCUGUUUAGAUGACAAAUCAAGUGAAUAUGUAGAGAUGACAGUAAAUAAGAAGCCACUGACAAAGAUAGGUCAUUCUGAUGCCGGCACGUACGCCUACGAGUACGACAGCGAGAUCUCUGAUGUCAACGUCUCUUGCACCACAGAACGUGCUGCUGAUAAAUUGGUUUUAUGCGGAAAAGAUUUACAUAAUAGUUACGCAACAUGCAAUGGCACCAACCAGUAUUGCCAGGUGUCGAGCAAAAUCCACAGCUCUAAGCUAGACGGCAUACGCGUCAUAUAUUGUUACGCCAUCAGAAACAGCAUCAUCAGGGGGAACAUAGCCAAGUUGACAGUACUAUUUGGUCAAAAAACCGACAACAGAUUUAAGGAAGUGAUACCCCUAUCGUCGCAGUCCCCUCAAUCAGUCCCUGAAAACGUUAAUGUGGAAAACCGUGACGACCACCGAACCUCGGGUACAACGUUAAAUGAUGCACCAAUAUUAGAGACAGUAGUCAUCAUUUUGAUCAUCAUCGUAAUUGCUCAGCUCAUCUUUGUUGUUUAUCUUUACAGAAGAAAGUCAAGCGGCAAUCAGGCGCACGGGCACCCUACAAACUUUGUACAAAACAACAGUAUGAUAGAGUUUACAGUGGAAAACAACUACUACAUGAACGCCGAGGAGGGGGUGGGGGGCAGGGAGCCGGAGCACCCUUAUGCCGUCUACGACACUCCCCUCGACACUGCACUCGUGGUCGACCACUCGCCAUCGCCACACAAGACCACCGCAUACGCUAACUGCAAUCAAUCUAAUAAUGUAUAUGGCAACACUAAUUAACAAUAUACUAAAAGCUUGUAUUUGCUGCUUCUGAAUAUAAAUAUGUAUGUUGUGGCGCUGCCCGCUGAUGGUUUGGAAGUGGCUCUGCGAGGUAGAGGCAGUACACAUUCCGCGCUACCCUCACAACAUCAAAUACAAGAAUGGAGACCAACAUGAAGUAGUAAUAAAGCUAUCUUCAAUCAAGUGUUUAUUAACUAUAAAUAAAAUAUUACAAUUAUAACGAAGUUAUAAAUAUAACU